AUGCCUCUACUUCUUCCUUUCAAUGCUUUGGUGUUUUGGCUGUCACUGUUGAUGGUAACAAGUUCCAUUAACACAGAUAAGACUGAAGAGAAAAUUUCUUCCUGCACAGUAGUUCAGUACAGUGCUCCUGCAGUCCAUGUCUUACAAGGCAGAGAUGGAAGAGAUGGUCCCAAAGGUGAAAAGGGAGAACCAGGAGAAGGACUGAGAGGUCUACAUGGUUCCCCUGGAAAAAUGGGACCUCCAGGAAUAAAAGGAGACUCAGGACCACAAGGAGAGAAAGGAGAAAAAGGAGAAUGUGGAAGUGUAGUAACUGAUGACCUGCUGAGACAAGUAACUGCUUUGGAAAUAAAAGUACAGGUUUUGGAGGCUGAACUAAAUAGAUAUAAAACAGCUUUGAUCUUGAAGAACAUAAAGAGUAUUGGUAAAAAAAUAUUUGUCUCAACUGGAAAAGAAGAUACUUUUGACAAUGGAAAAUCCCUUUGUGCACAAGCUGGAAGUGUCCUUGCUUCUCCUAUGAAUGAGGCUGAGAAUACAGCUUUGAAAGACUUAAUGAGACCUUCAAAGAAUGCAUAUCUGGGGAUAUCUGAUGAACAAACUGAAAGCACGUUCAUAUAUCUGAAUGGAGGGGCUAUAACUUACACAAACUGGAAAGCUGGAGAACCAAAUAAUGCAAAUAAUGAAGACUGUGUAGUAAUACAAGACUCUGGAAAAUGGAAUGACAUUAGUUGUUCAGACUCUCAUGCUUUAAUUAUUUGUGAACUCUUGAGCUGA